UGGGUUUCCAAGUGGAUUGCAUUAUACAAGUAGUGAUAUUGCCAUAUCGCAGGAGUCAUCGUCCCAAUAUUACUUUCCAGUCAACCCGUCGGUGUCCGAAUCCUCGCUAUCAGAGUCACUUUUAAGCUCGUACGAACCAUCACGAUAUAGCCUGGACACCUCACCAUUUUACAGAAGUGAUCUUUCCUCUUCCAAGUAUAAUUUGUCAGUCAACAUAUCUGGACCGUCCGUGAACGGUUCGUUAGUUCUAGAGACCAUGUUAAGCACUUACGAUCCAUCACGUUAUAUAUCCGACACUUCCUUUAUGACCCAGUCUGUUGAUACAAGUGAUGGUUUGCCACAGCCAGUAUAUAGUUCAAUGCAGAGUAUCAGCGAUAAUAUUGCCGCACAGGAGACCCUUUCGCCUACCCCAACAACCAAUAUGGAAGCAUCUUCAAUUGUCCCUACACAAGAUUUAAGUCCAUAUCUACUACGACUUGUGUUCGAUCCAAAAGGUCAAGAUGUUCAGUCGGAAGAAUUUUCAAAUAAACUCAAAAGUGGUUUGGUGGCAGCAUUUUUAGAAGCUCUAAGAAUUAAAAACAGUAAUAGGAGGCGAAAAAGAGACGUUUCGGAUCCAGAUGUUGAAGUUGUGUUAUACGAGUCACCAGAAUCAUCUGAUGGCGAAGCUUCGGUCAUGUUUUAUAUCAAGGUUAAUGGGGUGCCUAUGCCAGCUGACGAGGUGGAGGAACUGAUGUCCCUAUUAUCAGCUGAAGACUUGAACACAGUCAGUAAAUUACAGGUUCUUCAGCCUAUUGAGAGAGUAAAGAAAGAUGCCAGUACCAUAGGAUCAGGUGUCAAAACACCACAACCAACUCAACCCUCUGAUACCCUAUCGUCUUCACAGCGUCUUCAGUACUCAAUAUACACUGAUCUUUCAGUCAGCGACUUACAGUCGACGCCUACGGUGGUCAAUACGAACUCUGAACAGCAGCUGGAUAUGAUUGCGUCAAUGACACAAUCUGGAGGUUUUAUUGCCAUUUUACCAAGUUCUAUAUCUGAUGGUAUUAGCCAUGAAUACACACCAAGCACGACAGAAACAGCCUACUUUUUUAUAUCCAGAUCCGGGUCCUCUCUGCAAUCAUCCCAGUUGUCGCCAAGUUUUGGUACUGAUUCCAUAUUCACAACCAUCCAGACAGUAUUGACAACCACGUCCGUUGGCUUGGACAUAUUCUCUCUCUCAACACAAAGUGUUACAUCCAUUGACAUAUUUCCGUCCUCCGGAUCGUUGGCCAUUUCUUCAGAAUCUGGAUUUACUCACCCGAUCUCCGGCUCUGCGGACAGCUCCAAAAUAACGGAAUUUCUUCAAACAUCCGAUGUCGUUUCUACAUCUUUACUGAGUUCAUUUGUUGAGGCUGAAACGAAAUUAACCAUGUUAACAAUCGAUUCAAUGACUGCCAGUCUUAAGUCGAUCUCAACAAUGGUGCCAUUUAGCUCCAACGUGUCUGCUAUCGAAGUACUGUCAAUGUCAACGGGCUCACCUAGCAGUUUAAGUUUGGACGAAUCGCAGCACACCAGUGGUAUAGAAUCCAGCUCUGGAUAUCUCAUUAUGGACUCUAUAACAGAAAGUCGCAGCCUUUUACUUGGCUUAACGUCUUCGAUAAUUCUCAUCUCGGAAUCUACAGAAAGCCAUCAACCACCAAGGACGAUGAUUCCAUCUACACCAAUAGCAACCGCACUUACCACGCCACAGGUCAUAUCAGAUACAGGGUUAAUAACAAGUAGGUCUACUCUCGUAAUGGAUACCACGCAAGUAUUAACUACCUCCCAUCUAUCAAGUACCGAAACCUUACUGUCAACAGAGACAUUGAAAACCAUUGCAAUGACUCCGAUAUUUCUAACUACUGACGGAUUGCUAACUAACCAAGUGAUACCAACAGAAUCGUUACAAACAAGUACAUUACCAAACAUUCCGAUACAGCCAUCAUCACAAGUCCGUUCUAAUCCGACAUCUCUUACCACCGAGGAGCUGUCAACGACUCAAAUCUUGUUAUCCACACCUCCCUCCUCGACACUUUCCAUGGAAAGUACACGAACGGCUACGAUACUGUCAACCCCCAUGCUACCAACUUCCUCCAUUGUACCAAUUACCAGUGCACCACCAACCAAAGCUCCGACCACCCCACCAACAUCCGCACCCACGACUCCUUCUGCUGAUAGUCUGAUGGUUAUAAAAGUCUCGGUAAAAGUAGACAGGAAUAUUACUGAUGGUGUGUUUCAAACAGAAAUUGAAAAUGGGUUAGAGGUAAUUUAUAUGGAGGGUGCGGGAAUCAGUCAAAGGCGACGACGCAGGAAAAGAUCUUUAGACGAUUAUGAAGUAGACCAACCUAUUGUUUUAUACAAGAGACAGGUGGAAAACGAGCCAAAAGUUACCAUAACUAGUAUGGACAGAGAUCCAACCCAACAAACUGAUGUGUCAUCAGAGUUUUACGUCAUACAGAACGGACAGGUAGUGGCACCAGAUAAAGCAGUUCCUGUCUUCAACCGACUAACUGAUGCACAGAAGAGCGCCAUACUCGGAUAUUCGGCUAUCGGACCAGUUAAGGCAGUAGGCGGGGAGGUAACUCCUGCCUCAACAACAGCACCUUCUGACAAUACGACUCUACUGUUUAUCGUUGCUAUAGUGUUACCAUGUCUCCUCGUCCUGGUGCUCAUCAUUAUUAUUGUUAAAUGUUAUGUUGUGGACCGCUGGAAUAGAGGAAGCAUUCUGCCUUACAAGCGUGGUGAAUCUUUAGGCGAUCAUAAUUUAACAAUUGACAUCGAAAAGGGCGAGAUUACUCCUAGUCGUUCUUUGCGCGGUAGUGAAAAGGGUUCUCAAUUAAGUGAAUACUCCCUGGGAAGAGGAAAGAAAAUUCAAAUAGCAGUGACAUCGGGAACAUCAAAUGGUAACCCAAACACAGAAGACUCGACGUUGGCGUCAUCCCAACGGGGCGAUAAGGGGACAAACCGGGACAUAAAACACGACGCAGAAAUAAAUUCCCGAAGGAAUACCCUUAAAGAUUUUGCCGAAAUGCGGGACAAUGAAGCAACUCACAGAAACACGGAUCUCUCUAAUCAUCUGCUGGGUCUAAAUCAUCAGGAUGGUGGACCUUCAUCCACGGAAAUACCAAACCCGGAAUCACAAGUUACCAACCAUCAGCAACAAAAAGUUCUUCCAAAACAGAUAAGUGUUCACGAAGACGUAAUACAAAAGUCUACAUCACAAAGGAGAGAUCGUGCUCCGUCAUCUCCGAAUAGAUCUAGACAGGGCGACAGGAGGAGAAGCUUAGAGAGGGCUCAGAUAUUUGGGAUGAAGGAAUCCGUAAUAGAAGCAACCCAUGUCAAGAAAGCAGAGAAGACUCCCAAAGAGACCGCCUAUGCAACGAUGACCCCCUCGGUAUCUACACACUCAGACACAUUAGCUAAAGGGAAAUUUCCAGAGAAGAACAGAUCUAGAAAACACAAAUCGAGAUCCGAAGUGGACCACCAUCCAGAUCCCAGAGAUUAUUAUUACUUAACCUUAAAGAAACCAGACCCAACGUCGACUUCGGACAGUGGUGACCACACCGAUGCGUCAGAUGAGUUCACCAUUCUGGUACCAAAGUCACCACAAGGUAGAAUCGUAGAGGGUCACACUAACCAAAUCUUUUUCAAUAACCGGAUGCAUGCUACCCCAAUCGGUGCCAGCAAGCAAGUCAGGAGUCAUCGUAGAGGUACACUGAAGGGCGAGGAAGGAUUGACACCCACGAGCAAAUCCAGAAUCAGGAGUCCAAUAAAGAAGCAGAGAAAAACUACAAUGGAACUGAAAGAAUUUGACCCAUGCUAUUCACCAGAAAGUGCUUCCGAGGUAGAAAAUGAUACUCCUUACAAUAGAUACAAACACGACGAUCCCGCCAACAGUUACAGUCAUGACUAUUCUAGUCAGAAUUAUAGCAAUGACCUAUCCCCCAACGUCGAUAAACCCAACAUCCAUCCAUUUGACUCCCCUAACAGACUACGCAUCCCUACUUCCACCAUCAGAAAAGAACAAAGAAGAAGGGCAGCAAAUCGUGAAGAGGCUAGGCAAUCACACUUGAUGCAAGACUUUACGGUACCAUACUCAAGGCAUGCAAGACAGGUGGAUGAUAGUGAGGUCAACCCUGAACUUUUGCCAGGACACGUGUCUAGUUAUUCUGCGGACAGAAAUCCUGACCAGGAAUUGAUUACUCGCAGAAGCGUAGAACCUUCGUUCAAUUCAAACACUUUUACGAAAUCAGAUACCUCACCUCCAAGGCCAACCAAUGCCAGGGAUCAACAAGAUGGUGACAAUACGGUUGGACAUUAUAUAUCACAAGGGCGUGAUUCUGAUAAAGGGUUGGACAAUCCAGGGUAUUCUAAUGAUAUCUUCUUGCAACCAAAGAUGAAAUCCACAGCUAUAGGACCGGAUGUAUCUACCACAGAAACUAAUACCCAAACUUCAGAUCACGAAACAGCCGCUACAGAUAAUGACAGAAAUUCCAAUAAAGAACAGGGGGCUCUGCCUUAUGUUGAUCCUGUGAAAAAAGAUAUGAUCACUCAAACCAGUAGAGAUUUUGGAGCUCAGGCCAAACUUACACAGGCUGAUUCUAGUUCAAAGUCAGCUGCUUACCACAGUAAUGUUUCAAAUAGUUUUGAUACAAUUUCCCAACCUGUUCCAAUUGAAUCUUUAACGCAGUCAAGCCUCGUGACACUUCCCACAACAUCGAUAAUGCCAUCUCGUGAUGAGCAUGAGCAGCAAACACGAAAUUCUGUCCCAAAUCCAUUUACCCUACACAGCAUUCAAACCAAACAAAAUAACCAACAGCCUGCAUACCAAACUCCUUUAAUACAGAACGUUCAAACACAACGACCAUCAGAUCCCCCUGUGGCUGAAAUGCAUAACAAUCAGUUUCUACAAGGACUACACCAACCACAGAACACCCAAAUGGCUCAACUGCAACAGCCUUUAUUUGGAAGUCCCCGUCCGACUCAAGCAAGUUAUUACCAGAGUUACCCUAAUCAACCACUGUUUUAUCAAGCCCCAAAUCAGAUUCCUGAAACCAAUCUGUCUUACCACAUUCCAGAACAAGAGAGGCCAGCUACUGCUUCCCAAAUUCACUUGAUACCAGAUUACCCGUCUCAAUCUACACUUCCAGGAGAGCUUGGCCUAUAUGAUAAUAGACCGCCCAGAUCAGCUACUCAGAUGCAGCCAAAUUACUACAAUAGCCACACAUCACAAUAUGGUAAUCAGUAUUUAGCAGCACCAGGAUAUUCUAGUCUACCACAAACAGAAAUUGUGCCUUCGAAUCAUCAACACGACACAAUGUCAGGCCAUCCAGUUACAAACGAACAGAUUAUUGUUCACAGUCGGAUGGCCCGAUACAAUCCGUAUGAAGAUAUACCACCAGAGCCACCUGCCGUACGAUAUCACCAUAUACCCGAGCCAAAUUAUCUAGUACAGCCAGAGUUUCCUCCCCUCGAUAGUGGUAUAGAACAACCAGACACCUUGUCUAAUAUACCUGUAUUUUAUCAACAUCCUAUUAAAGAGAGUCCACGUCACCAUGUAUCUAGUCCCAGAGAUCAACAGCAACACACGCGUGAAUAUGAAGAGGUGAUACAGUCUGUUCAGAGCGACAGUUGGAAAGAUGACAGCAGAAAACACAGAGACAGGGAUGCGAAUCAACUCCAUCGUAAUGAUGAUGAUGAAGAUAUCAGUCGUCGAUCAGAUGAUAGUCAACACAAUAAGAAUAAAAAACCUGGUAAAGAACAUGUUCGAUUUGAAGAUGAUUCACAGACAUCACCACGAAGACAGCCACAUGAUAAAAAGACCCACAGUGCAUCACCGAAACGUAGCGAUAAACGACGUCGCGAAAAACACCCAGAUGAUGACACAGAGACAACAAGUAGUCUAUCAUCACCUAGGAGACAGGAUGAGAAGAAUGACGAUCGAUCUCAUAGACAUAAACAUAUGUCACCACGAGAAGAGGAAAAGUAUGAGAAUGAAAAGAAGCACAAGGCAUCACCAAAACAAACUUCUGAAAAGGAAAAAGUGACAAAAGUGUCAAGACCCAAAAAACGAAAGGAGAAGGAAGAUGAACAUCAUGCACAGUCAGGGCGAAGAAGUCCACAAUCACCUGACAGAACCCCCUCACCAUCACCACGACGACAGAAAAGGAAUGAACCAGAAGAAAGAGACGAAAGUUCUCGAUCAAGUAGUCAGACAUCUUCACCACGUAAAUCUGAUCACCAUGACGACGAUGACAACGAUUAUUCAGAAGAAGAAAGUUACAGGUCAAGUGGAAGUAAGAAAUCAACUCCUAGAAGCUAUGAAUCAGACGAACAGUAUUCUGAGGAUAGUUUUCUAUCAGAGAGUGAAAAUGAAAGUGAAAAUGAAAGUAGUCAACUAAUAUCGCAUGGCAGUAGAGAAAAGGAUAAAGGAAAAAGUAGACAGAGCAAUGGAAGAAAGCCAAGGAGAGAUGAAAGGACAUAUUCCAAUUCAGAAGAUGACAGUGAGAUAUCUGAAUCACGUAGAAAUGGUAGAAAUAAUGAUGGUGAUGAUUAUUAUAGUGAAGAUAGUUAUUCUGAUAGAUCAACGUCCAGAGAUAAAUAUCAGGAUGAUGAUAGAUCAAAAUCUAGACAUGGAUCUAGGCCAAAAGAUGAUAACUGGAAUGAAUAUUCUGAUGAUGAGGUAUAUGAUUCUGAUAAUUCACCAGAGUCUUUAAAACAUCAACAGAAUGAAAGAAAAAAACCUCAAAGACCUGAUGAUAAACGUAGGCGAGACAGUAGCCAUGAAUCUACGCCACGCAGUCCUAAUCAGACUGUGAGUCAAAGUGAUGAUGAUAAAAUAAAAAAUAACAAUCCUCGAUCAAAACAGAAACCUGAAGAAGAGAUUAUUUUAUAUGAAAAUAGAAAAACUAAAAAGCCACAGGAUUUAUAUGCAGAGAUAAAAGCCCAGAUGUUGAAGAGUUACAAAGAUUUAAACAGAAAAACAGCAAAGUCAAUGCCUGAUAAAGUACAGAAUCUUACAGACGACCAAUUGUUACUUUUGUACGAAUUCCAUCGAAAACGUCUACUCUUCCAACGACGACAGGAAGCGACUGUUAAAGCCAGGGUGUUAGUCAACGAAUCUUUCCUUGCUGAAGAAAUUCAGCGACUUAAAAAACAGCAAGUUGACGCCAAGAAAAAGAUGAAAAAAUUAUUAAAUGACGCUUUUCCUACCACUUCUAGUAAUGAUGUAGAAAUCUAAUACCAUUUAAAAACAACAAUGGAUGAUUUCAAAUACCGAUAGAUGAACAAUAAUAUAACUUUUUAACUAUGGAAAGCUUUUACUUCUCUUGGCUAGUUUUCAUCAUUUACAUAUUUAUCAGCCAAUUAGAGGUUGUGUUUCUUAACAUGUGAGGCAAUAGCACUGAUACUAUAAAGAACACCAGAAGCCGUUGUUAACAGUUUGUCAUUGUUAAAGAGUUAAAAUUUGUUGAAAGCAGAUAUUUUAUUUAGAAUAUAUUCAUUGGAACUAUUUAUUAGAUAUAUUUGACACAAAAAUUUUCCCCAGACAUAGUUCGGUACAAACUUCUCUCAUUGUCAAAACUCACUGUGCCUUUUGAUGUAUGGUCAAAGCUUUUAACUGUGAUGAUUAUGUGAUGCAUUUCCUGUGUAUUUAUAUUAUAGAUAAUCACUCAGUUGUUAUAUACUAAUAUAGGAGCGAUGGUCUGUUAUGAUUAGUUAUAAUGUGCACUUUGAUAAAAUUAACCCACACUGUCCACCAAAGUCACCAAUUCCUUGAUUGUAAUGAUAAUAAUUAUUAGUGUAUACAAUUGUAUAUAACCAGCAUUUAAUUUUGGCUUUGAGAGGUUCAAUCAUUAUCAAAGUUUAUAAAUGUUUACACACUUUUUAUUGCACACGCAGUGUUUUAGUAUAUAGUUGGAUUAUUGAAACCCUAAUACAUUCCCUAUAAUACAGAGAGAGAGAGAAAUGGGGUUUAACGUCCACUCAACACAAACUAGGUCAUUUCGGGACUAACACAUGGUUCAAUUUUAUUUCAAUAAGGCGGAAACCGGAGGACCCGGAAAAAAUCCACUAGGUUGGACAGGCGACCCUACUCCUUGUCACAUACAACCGGGAAUUCGAAAUCACACAAGUUGACUCAAUGACAGGCCUUAUGAUAAACCAUUCGGCCAUCCCCCCCCCCCCCCCCACAAUACAAUUGAGAGCUGUAUAAAUAAUAACAAAUAAUAAUAUGUCCCAUUUAUAAAACGAUAAAUCCACCAAACACAAUAGUGUCUAAUAAUGUAAUUGAAACAAAUAUUAUUUCAAGUCAGAUUGAAAUUAAGUGUUGGAAGUUUAAAGAUCGUUUUACCAAUUUGAAAAGAGCAACCACCAAAUACUUCAACUGGUGACAUAUCUUUUUCUGUUUAGUAUAAUAAUGUUAUAUUGAACCAAGAGCAACCACCAAAUACUUCCACUGGGGACAUAUUUUUUUUCUGUUUAGUAUAAUAAUGUUAUAUUGAACCAAGAUGAACCAAGAUACCGUCUCCUGAUUUCAGAUUUCCACUAGUCGGUGAUUUUAAAAUUGUUAUUAAGUGCUGAUCUGUACAGAAACUUUGCCUUAUGUUUAUUUUCAAGAAUGAAAUUUUUAUUUUUUAUUUUUUAUUUUCAUGUAUAUAAUGUUGUUUAUAACAAAAUGUUCUUGGCAUUAAAGAGCAAUGUUUAUUAUUUUUAUAGCAUCUCUUUCCACUUUCGUUAUUAAGAAAUUGGAGUUUCCACGGUAUCUCUUUUGUUGUCUUUUGUUGUUUCAUGUCGGUGGAAAUAGGAUUAUGUGGUCUUCUUAUUAGAAAAAUGACUAUCGAGAAUCACAAUUUUAUGGUCUUCUUCCUGGAGGAAUGACUGUCCUGGAACAGGAUUUUGUUGUCUUGUUUCUCCAAGAAGUUCUAUAAGCAGGAUUUUCGUGCCAACAUAAAAACGUAGCAACAUUCUCUUGUUUUACGUCUAGUUUCCAACAUAUUCCCAGGAACCCAGUGUGCUGGCCGUGAAACUGUUAAAGGGUCAAGAAUUGUUAUGUAAAGUAUUUAUGUAUGAAAUACAUGCAGUAAAAAUUGGAAGACUUUCAGCAAGCUUGGAUAUAAGGCACCUGUCACAGACUUUGUCAAGUACAAAUUAUUCCACGAUGUAUACAAGCCUGGAUAUAAGGCACCGGUCGUAGACGUUAUCAGGUACAAAUUACCACACAACCUUUUUUAUUAUAAUAUUAUAUGUUUUGUGAAAAGUUGUGUCGGAUAAAGUCUGUAAACAUGUGCCUUAUGUCAAGGCUUGCUUUUAAGCAUAAAAUAUGUCGUAAGAGUUGUUUUUAGCAUAAAAUCAAGCCAUAAUAUCUGUACAACUAUAAAGUUUGUAUAAUACUAAACAUUAGUUUAAAGUAAUGAUCACUUGUGUGGUCUAAUGGUAUCAGAUUAACAGUGAUACAUAAUAAUGUAUUAUUAUUGUGAUCUAUGUAAUGAUUUAUGUGAUAGCUUUAUCUGUGAUAAACUAAUUUAUUCGUGAAAUAUUAAUAUGUAAAUACUAGAUUUAAAUAUUUAAUUUUUAUUUUCUUGAAUCAUCGAAUUUGAAUAAUCAUAUCCUCCUAUAUUAUACAUAUUCAUGAGUUAAUAUUACAUGUAAAUAUUGAAUGUAAUUUAACUUUAAUUGCUGGAUUCGUCUACCAUAAUCAUUUUCUCCUAUAUUAUACAUAUUCAUGACUUACUCAAUAUAUUAUAUCUUUCACUGGCUAGGCCUUUAAUAUUAAUAUUUAUUCAACUUCGAAAGGAAUCUUCUCUUAGAGAAAGAUUUCCAGGAGCUUCUCAUAUUAAUUUUAAUAUAUAAUCAGCUUUUAUCUAAUAUUUAUUUUUAUAUAUAUAUUGUAGAAUAGUUUGGAAUAUAAUAAUGACAUACUUUAUAAAUAAUAAUUAUUUAUUGUUCUAUUAGUGAAAAUUAAAUUAUGCUGUAGGUUAACAUAUUUUUUUUUAAAAUAAAAAAAAUGUAGAACAUC